AGUGUUUUCCACAAUGAAACUCUAUCCAGCUCAAUCCAAAUGUAAUGAUCCACUUGUAAAUAGGUACAAUGUUUGUAAAAUUAAUCCAAUCCACGAUAAUAGAGUUAUGUCUUACAAAUCUAUUGGUUAAUUGUUUAACAAUAACUUCACCAGAAAUUACCACAAAAUGGGGAAUAAUUAGAGGAUUUACAGAAAGGGUCGGUGAUAAAUUGGUGGAUACAUAUUUAAGGAUUCCUUAUGCAGAGCCACCAGUCGGUCCGAACCGUUUUCGUCCUCCAUUGCCGUUAAGUACACCUUGGAACUCAACUCUUGAUACUAAUGAAUAUUCACCGGCAUGUCCUGAACCAUACAUCGGAAAUGAUUUAAAAAGAGCAGGUAAAUUGAUUGUUCGAAGUGAGAAUUGUCUUUAUUUAAACAUUUGGGUUCCUCGAAUAUCAUCGUCGGCUUCUUCAUCCUCCAAUUGGUAUGAUGUUACAAAAACGAGUAAAAACAAUGACAAAGGUCUACCAGUUAUGGUUUAUGCUCAUGGAGGUGGAUUAGUUAUGCUAUCGGCUGGUGACUCUAAUUUCAUGGAUGGCGCUCAUUUAGCAUCAACAGGUGAAUUUAUUGUUGUGACAUUUAACUUUCGCAUAGGUGCUUUAGGCUGGCUCUAUUGUGAUCCACAAUCAAUUUCGGGUAAUAUGGGUCUUUAUGAUACUCUAAUGGCAAUAGAUUGGGUUCACUCUAAUAUUAAUCUAUUUGGAGGUGAUCCAAACAGGAUAACAAUCAACGGCUUAAGCUCUGGAGGUAAUAUGGUUACUUCAUUGUUUCUCGGCGGUCAUCUUAAUAAGUACGCUUCUGGUUUGAUUGCUCACUCUGGAAUUAUGAGUGAUGUCUACAGUGAGCCUGUCGAGAAAGCUAAACGUCGCUGUGAAUUGUUUUCAUUAAAAACUUCAUGUAGACGAGUUGAUCAACCAAUUGAUUCCAACGUGCUCCAGUGUUUACAAAAUUUACCAACGGUUCAAUUGUUGUUGGCCCAAACAGCACUUGCAACUGAAAAGGAGAAAUUAAAUUCCAAAAGACCUGAAUUGUUUCUCAUAACAACCGGAGAGACACUUUUCCCAGCAAAUUUCACCGAGCUUUACAAACAGCGUAAAUGGAAAAAAUCAAUUCCAAUUUACAUUUCAUUGGUUACUGAUGAAGCGUCUGUCAUUCAACAUUAUUGGCCAAGAAAGGGUACACAAAAUUCAUACGAGACAUUUCAAAAGUAUAUCCAAUCAAUAGCACCAACACUUGUCACUAGAGAAUUGGCUUCGCCAGAAGAUGUUACCGCCGAUUUGUCCAAAGUAUACCUUACUGGCUUUAAAGAUUCAUCAAUGGCUUUGAUAGACCUAUCCAUGAGACGAAUGCUUGGUGAUUGGUACAUCACUUGUCCAACUUUGUACUUUGCCGACCAACUAUCAUUAACCAAUCCGGUUUGGGUAUCAUUAUUUGGCUAUACAAUGAAUCCAGCCAGUAAAAAUUUACCACCUCUGGUUACUGGACGUAAAUAUGGAGCUCGUCAUGGACUGGACAUCUUCUUUUAUUUCGGGGUUCCUCAUUAUGCUAGUCAUGGUUACGAUGAUAGAGAUAGACAAAUAUCAACCGCGGCAAUGUUGAUUUGGUCUAGAUUCAUUCACUAUGGAAAUGUCAAUUGGACUCCUUACCAAUCAACAUCAACUGGUCGCAUAUUACCCUAUUACAAGGAAUUAAGCGUAAAUAAAGCGGCAAUUUCAACAAUAAAUCAAGAUCGCUACCGAUGUUAUGUUUGGGAUGAUUUUUAUCAUAAACCUUAAAACAAUAACUUCAAUUGUUACCAUCAAUACUAUCUUGAAAAUGGGAAUUAAAAACAAAGUAAACGUAGGGAUGUUAAAUCAUAAAUAAAAUUGAUGAAACAAUAAAAAGCAAGUGUAACACAUAUAAUUUGUUUUUAAUUUGAAAAUUUGAAAACUGUAAAAAUACAGUCAAUCCAAUAAAGUUUGUCGUCCCUUUUUUA